AACUUUCUUACAAGCAAAAAAUAUUCUUCACCUUAUUGUCUAUAACAAGUAUGACUUUUUUUUACGUUACAAGAUUCGUUGAUUUAAUCGAAAAUUGUCACACGGUACCGUUUCUAUUGGAUAUCAUAGGCGUAAUAAUUUUGAUGAGUCUUACGUUAAUCCAGGUAUUAACAAUUUCUGGAAUUGAGGGAGCUAUCAGAUCUAUCGGUAUCUUAGGUGUAGCGCUGUGUUAUGUAUUUAUAUCUUGUUACAUGGGGCAGAAAGUCACGGAUGUGAGUUCGAGUGUAUGUGAAAAAAUAUUCAACUCUUUGUGGUACGACGCAGUUCUUUCAGAGCAAAAGGCAUUGUUAAUGAUAAUGAUGCGACGCUAUCAUCCGUUCAUCUUGACCGCCUGUAAAUUUUACGUGAUGUCUUUGCAGAACUUCGGAAUGAUACUUCAAACAACUAUCUCCUAUUGCAUGUUCAUCAGACAAGUCUGAAUAUGUUUCUUAUCAAGUUGCAAGCGUAGAAGUAACGUAGAAAAUUCGCGGGAAUGUUAGACGUGUACUAAUCUCCUUAGGAUCAUGUCGAAAAUUCUUCUUUGUAAAAAGAGGAAUCUGUUGAUGUGGUUUACAGAAUAGCAGAAUAUUUUUUGGAGUAUUUAAGAUAGUGUUACAGUAUUUUAA